AUGAAUCAUCUUCCACAAGCUUGGGGCCGUCCCAGAGAUGAUGUUUACGGAGCAUACGAUCACGCAUACCUACAAAACGGUCCAAAGCAGCACACACAAUCACCAGCAGUAACCGGUACAUCGGUGUUGGCACUGAAGUUCAAGGAUGGUGUAGUUAUUGCAGCAGAUAAUCUUGCAUCCUAUGGUUCCCUCGCCCGCUUCACAGACGUCAAGCGUCUCCGCAAAUUCGCAGACACAACCGUCGUCGGAUUCGGCGGCGACGUCUCAGACAUGCAAUACCUAGACCGCCUCCUCAACUCCCUCGACAUCGAAGAAGCGUACGGAGGAUCCAGCCACACACUCAACGCGCAAAACCUCCACACCUACCUCUCCAAAGUAAUGUACAAGCGCCGAUCCGAAUUCAACCCAUUAUGGAAUCAACUGUUGGUAGCUGGACUAGAUGGGGAGGGAAAGCCAUUCUUGGCCAGUGCCGACUUAUUAGGUACAACGUUCAGCUCACCCAGUUUGGCUACGGGAUUCGGUGCGCAUCUAGCUCAGCCGCUUUUAAGAAAAGUUGCGUUUGAUGAGGAGGCGGCGGCGAAGUUGACGGUUGAGGAGGCGGUGGAGGCGAUUAAGGAGUCAAUGAAGGUGUUGUUUUACAGAGAUGCGAGGAGUUUGGAUAAGUAUUCGAUUGCGGUUGUUACGAAGGAUGGGAUUGAUUUGAAGCAAGAUGAGAAGUUAGAGAAGCAGAGUUGGGCGUUCGCGGAUCAGAUUCGGGGUUACGGUACUCAGAUCAAUUGA